UGGGUUAGCAGUUAAGCAGGGACACAGACCUCACCAGCCAAAGUUGUGUUUGUUUUCACCGCAAGAUAGCCAAAAAAGUUAUCGUGUCAUUAGUACAAAGGUGAAUCACUGACACUCGGUUCAUUUCUGGGUGUCGUUUGAGUCCCCGGAGGAUAAAUGAGCCGCUGACGCUGAUGGCUUUUCUCUGAAAUGAAAGGGGAAGUGAAACUUAACAGGAAAGCUGGCCAGUCGAAGAAAAACCAAGAAGAGCCAACUCAGACAGAUUCAAGUUUAACUUUCCCCAACUAGUUCAGCAAAAUGGACCGAUCCACCAACAACAUGUACUUCAUCAUAACAGCACAGCCUAAGUACCAUGGAUAUAUCCACGCAGGCCGCAUAUGUCACAUCGCAGAGUCUAGAUACACAUUGGAGCUCAGCAAAGAAUCCCUCACAAAGUUGCCAGUCAUCUGCAUGGGUUCAUAUACGGAUACAAAACUGGAUGUGAGUGACAUGGACCAUGUGAGCGCAGAGGAGGCUGGACUGCUGCUGGCCCUGGAGGAUGACUCCGAGAGGCUGAAGUGGUUCAGAGAGAGGGAGACUCUCAGGACAGCUCUGAGCCUCACGACGAAUACCCCAGUUACUGUGGAUGAAGGGAAACAGAAGCUGAGGGGCAUCAUCCGCUUCAUUGGAAGGCUGUCAGAACCAAAAUAUCUCGAUCCCCUGUCAGGAGUGUUCUUUGGGAUUGAACUGCAGGGUCCUGAUAAAGGAAAAGGGCACACAGAUGGGACCUUCAGGUCGAGAACAUUUUUCCGCUGCAAAAAAGACUGUGGCAUUUUUGCCCCAUUCUCCAGAGUGAGACCUGUGGUGCCUAGUUCCUUGACAUCCUCAGCCCACCAGCCCACCCUGCAGGCACAAACAGACAAACUAUCCAUAGGUGAUAGAGUCACGUAUUUUGUGGAUGAGAAAUGUAGCCACGGAACAGUGGUGGACCUUAAUGGGAAUAAUGAACACCAGAUGGUUCGCAUCUCCACAGACACAGAUGAGAAUGGACAGGCAGGGGAUGAAGUUGAAGUUCCACUGGACUGUGUUUUUAAGGGGGAGGUGCUGCCUGCAGAAACAGAGAAAAUGGACGUUGAUACACCUGUGGUGGAACCAGAUGCUAACUACGGAGGUCUGGGUGUGAAUUCCAUGGUAGAAGUGGACUUUGCUGCUGGCAAGUCCUAUGGAACUAUCCGCUGGAUUGGUUAUUUGCCUGGUCGAGACGAGAUCACGGCUGGAGUUGAGCUGGAGGAUAACAGUGGAGUGAGUGAUGGUACUUUCAAAGGUGUCCGCUUCUUCAAUUGCCCUCCUGGAAGAGCUAUUUUCCUCAAGCUGCUCACAUGUCAUCCCGACUCACGCUUUCAGAGUGAAUCAACCAAUCACAGAGAGAAGACUCCAAAAAAUGAAGUUCCAGAAAGCGAGACAGAGCACUGCACAGGGAGGAUUGAGACUGUUGCUCCUAUCAGUACUGAGGAAGUUAGCCAGGUUCUGAUAGGACGAAUGAAGGGGAUCCAAGGCCACUGUAACUCCUGCUACAUGGAUGCUGCCCUCUUCAGCUUAUUUUCUUGCUCCUCUGUACUGGACUCCAUCCUGUUUAAAUCAACAAAGCCUCAAGAUGCCCCAAUUCAGAAAACCCUACUGCGUGACAUUGUCAACCCCCUCCGCAGUAAGGGCUUUGUAGAGGGGCGCCACAUUAUGAAACUUAGACAGCAGCUGGAGAAACACGGCUACAGCCACUCCUUCACUACUGACGAAAAAGAUCCUGAGGAGUUUCUCAUUGUCAUCAUGCACCAUAUUCUUGCCCUGGAGCCUCUUCUCAAACUCUCAGCAGGUGGUAAAGUUCAGGAGAGUUAUUGUUACCAGAUCUUCUUGGACCAGAACCAUAACCUGGUGCUGCCUACGGUCCAGCAGCUACUGGAGCACUCCUUCCACAGUGCAGGACUCAAACUGGCUGAGGUGCCUUCCUGCCUCAUCCUCCAGAUGCCUCGCUUUGGGAAGAAAUUCAAAAUGUUUGACAAGAUCAUUCCCUCUUUAGAGCUGGAUAUUACUGAUCUUCUUUCUGAAGGUCCCCAGCAGUGCAUGAUGUGUGGGGACCUGGCCCAUGAAGAGUGCACAGACUGUUUUAAAGAUCCCAUUUUCAGCCAGACAGGAUUCAAGCUCUUCUGCAAGAAGUGCUCCUUUCAGGUGCACUCUAAUCCCCAGCGACAAUCCCAUCGACCAACCAUCCUGGAGAUCCCUGAAGGUUUCUUUGAGCAUGGCACACCUCACGUCCUGGCCAGAGACAAACUGGAGCUGUUUGCCGUGCUCUGCAUCGAGACAAGCCACUAUGUUUCCUUCAUCAAAUACGGGCCAAAGAGCCAAGACUGGAUCUUCUUCGACAGCAUGGCUGACAGACAAGGGGAGAGAGAUGGCUUCAACAUCCCUGAGGUGCAGGCCUGUCCUGAAGUGGGCAUGUACCUGGAAAUGUCCCCUGCAGAGCUGGCCAAUCAGGUGCCUCGGGACAUGAAAGGUGUAGCCAAACGUCUCUUCUGUGAUGCGUACAUGUACCUGUACCAGAGCAGCAGCAUGUGUCUGUAUCGCUGAGGGAGCCUGGCAUUACUGUGGAAAUCCCACCGCUUAUUGAUUGUACAAUCUGACAAUAAGAAAAUACAUUAAAAUAUAUUAUACUGAUUAUAAUAUAUAGCAGCUUAUGUUUACUUUUGCUAUUCAUGUAAAUGUCUUUUGCCCUGUCCUAUUGCUACUCUUGCAACAAUGUGUGAAACUACACACAUGAACGCUGGAAAAUGUGUACAUAAUUGCUUUGCCUUAGUGUCGGGAAAUUAAAAUUAGAUUUGAAUAAUUUAUACAAACUUUAUACAAAAGAUAGGAGAUGACAAACUGACAUCAGUGGCACAACUGACAUAGAUUGCUCAUUCAUUUUGAAUCGUAAUAUGUAGAGAGGAAAUUCACAAUCACUGAGAUGCCAUUUGUGAAGAUAAAUGAUAUUUUGCACUAUAAUAUUAAGACUUUGUGGAAUUCCCUCCUUAUGUAUUAUAUAUACAAGGAAAUGUAAUGAGUAUUUUCUAGGGCUGUAUCCAACUCGCAAUUUCCAGAGUCGACUCAGAAUCGGCCUUUCAAAAAGACGAAUCGACUCGCACUGCCUACGACAGUAAUUCUGUAUGUGUGACCAUGGUUUUCAGUACUGUCCUCCGCAAGUUAAUUAAUCCUGUUAAUUGCAUCUACCAGUUGUGAAAUGGUAUACUAUUUUCCCACUCCCUAUAUUUCCAUUGAAUUGUUUAGAGACCUUGUCCAAUGUUAUUGUCGCAUUGCAAUGCCCAGUAAGUAUCCUGGAAAAAAAAAAAAGAAAGAAAUUUUCGACUACACCUUCUGAGUCAGUUUGCGAGGAGGCUCGGAG